GAGAGGAGACAUGGCGCAGAAAGGAGUUGAGCUGGACAGAGAGAGCUUCUCUUGUUCCAUCUGUCUGGAUCUCCUGAAGGAUCCGGUGGCUAUUCCCUGUGGACACAGCUACUGCAUGAAGUGUAUUCAAAGCUUCUGGGGUGAAGAGGAUGAGGAGAAAAUCCACAGCUGCCCUCAGUGCAGGCAGACGUUCACAGCCAGGCCUGUCCUGGUGAAAAACACCAUGUUAGCAGCUCUGAUGGAGGAGCUGAAGAGGAGCGGACUUCAAGCUGCUCCUGCUGAUCACUGCUGUGCUGGAGCUGAAGAUGUGGCCUGUGAUGUCUGCACUGGAAGAAAACUCAAAGCUGUAAAGUCCUGUCUGUUCUGUGUGGCCUCUUUCUGUGAGCAGCACCUUCAGCCUCAUUAUGAUUCAGCUGCUUUCAAGAAGCACAAGCUGGUGGAUCCCUCCAAAACGCUGCAGGACAACAUGUGCUCUCGUCACGAUGAGGUGAUGAAGAUGUUCUGCCGCACCGAUCAGCAGUGCAUCUGUUUCCUCUGCUCUGUGGACCAACACAAAGGCCACGACACAGUGUCAGCUGCAGCAGAGAGGACAGAGAGGCAGAGGGAGCUGGAGGAGAGUCGACACAUCAUCCAGCAGAGGAUCCAGGACGCAGAGAAAGACGUGAAGAUGCUGGAACAGGAGGCGAAGAACAUCCAUGUCUCUGCUGAUCAGACAGUGGAGGACUGUGAGAAGACCUUCAGCCAGCUGAUCCGUCUCCUCCAGGAAAGAAGCAGAGAUGUUGAGCAGCAGGUCAGAUCCCAGCAGCAAACAGAGGUGAGUCGAGUGCGAGAGCUUCAGGAGAAGCUGGAGCAGGAGAUCGCUGAGCUGAAGAGGACAGACGGCCAGCUGGAGCAGCUCUCACACACAGAGGAUCACACAGAGUUUCUGCUCAGCUUCCCCUCACUGUCAGCUCUCAGUGAGUCCACACACUCAUCCAGCUUCCACACUGCUCCUCUCAGAUACUUUGAGGAUGUGACAGCAGCUGUGUCAGAGGCCCGAGACAAACUCCAGGACAUCCUGACUGAAACAUGGACAAACAUCUCACUGAGAGUGACUGAAGUGGAUGUUUUACUGCCACAACCAGAACCAACGACCAGAGCGGCUUUCUUCAGAUGCUCACGUGAACUCACACUGGAUCCAAACACAGCAAACACAUGGCUGUUAUUAUCAGAGGGAAACAGAAAAGUCACAUUAAUGAAGAAAGAACAGCCUUAUUCUGAACAUCCAGACAGAUUCUCUAUAUGUUGGCAGGUUCUGAGUAGAGAGAGUCUGACUGGACGUUGUUACUGGGAGGUGGAGAGGAGAGGAGACGUUUGUGUAGCAGUCGCAUACAAGAAUAUCAGCAGAGAAGGAUUUUCGUAUGAAAGCGGUUUUGGUAAUAAUGACAAAUCAUGGGUCUUACAUUGUUCCGGCAACAGUUAUAGUUUUCGACACAACAAUGUUGAAACUCCAGUGUCAGGUCCUCCUUCCUCCAGAGUGGGAGUGUUCCUGGAUCACACAGCAGGUAUUCUGUCCUUCUACAGCGUCUCUGAGACCAUGACUCUCCUCCACAGAGUCCAGACCACAUUCACUCAGCCGCUCCUCGCUGGAGUCUGGUGUACGUGCCACACUGGAGGAAGUGCAGAGUUGAUGAAGCUGAAAUAGACUGAGGUCACAUCAGGAGCAGUGAUUUGGUUCCAUCCUGUAAUUUGACUCAUUGAGUCUCCGUCAUGGUUGCUGAGAGCUCCUUGUUGUUUUCUUUCUCCGCUGCACACAGAUCAGCUGUCAAUCAAAGAGUUUGAUUUCUUUGUGUUCAAAACAUUUCAUCAACUUUUGGCAUAACGAGUCAUUUAGUUUGAGGAAUAAUCUUUUAAUCUGGAAGCAGCAACAUGUACAAAUGUGGGAAUAGGUGGUCUUUUUCACUGGGAGGCUUUUUGGCUUAAUUUUGUUUUAUUUGAAACAUCAUUUAUUUGUAUUUUGAUGCAGAUAGGAGCAGAUAUUUGUUGUUUGAUCUCUGGGUGAAUUUUUUUUCCUUGUUUUAUUUGUCUGUAAGAUGUUUACAAGAGAUUAUUUCUUUAGUUGCAUCUUGUACUUCAUGUGUUUUCCCUCCAAUGUCGUGUGUGUGAGCGGGUGUCAUCCGUUUUUGUGGGAUUGUGGUAAUUGUUUGAAAAUCGCAACAAUAAAUAUUAGUUGUCAAAAGGGAAUCACUUGUUGAGAGACAAAAAACUGACUUUGUUCAAAAAGUUUCAAGAAGUUGAUUUGUUCAUCUUUUGAAACUUUCUCCAUUCUCUCAUAAAGACGAUCGGAUGAUAAAUAAUGAAAUGUAAUUUUCUGUACAGAUUGAUCAAACCCUGAA